UAAGUUUUAUUGUUUUUUUAUUUUAUCGAUUCAUCACCAUGCUAUACGAAUUACGAGAUUGUUUAAAAUUAUGUCUUGAAUAUUUCAAAACCGCUUCAACUUCAUUUGAAAUUAUGAUCAUUUUUUUUCUCUCAGGUAUUUGUGAUGCAAUUGCACGCAAUAAUACAUAAAGAUAGAAGAUGAGGUGUACUGCCACGUAUUGAAGUUUUAUUUAAAAUCAUAAAUUGAAAACUUUUAAAGAACGAAUCAAUUACAAUGGCUACGAAUGUUUUGACAUCAUCGCUGUCAAAGAAAUCUACAGAUUCUGAGAAUGCACAAGAGACGAAGAUGAAAACGUUUAACAAAAAGGAAGAAACUGAUUUUAAUCUCUGUCCUUUCAAAUUGUUAUGGUCCUUCGGAAUAAAUUCAGUUACACCUCUAAUAAAUUUAACUACGAAAAAUCGAACGAUCAUCGCUUAUGCUUGUUCACAUAUUGUAAUAAUCUACAACUAUGAAACUAAAGAAGCAAUAAAUCUUCAAGGCCAUAAGAAUACGGUGAAAACUUUAUCUACAUCAAGAGACGGAAAAUGGUUAUUGUCUGCAGAUUUUGAAGAUGAUUGUGUAGUUGUUGUUUGGGAUACCGAAACUGGUACGCCAAUCUGUACUUUGUUUAAUCCACAUGGUGACAAAGAAAUAGUUGCUGCUAUGAUUAGUCCAAAUGCUAAGUACAUAGUAACUGUUGGAGAUGAAUUUCAUCAAAAGGUUCAUUUUUGGUUGUGGACAUACGGGAAAGAUCAACCUAAUGGUUACUUUAAAAAUCAUUUACUUUUAGCUUUUGUAGAGUUAAUCGAGCUUGUUUCAAAUAAAGUUAAGGAAAUAAUUUUCAAUGAAGAUUGUUCAGAGGAAUUCUGUUUAACUACCGAUUACAGUGUUGCAUUCUUUAAGUGGGAACAAGAGGAAUUAAAAUAUUACAUACCACAAAUCUUAGGCAACGUACGACGAUACGGAAUCUUCAAUUGCUCUUGUUAUAUUAGUAAAACACAGCGGGUAUUAACAGCAACAACAAACGGAUACGUUUUAGUUUGGGACAUUUCUGCUGAAAGAAGUAAAAAUCAAAUCGCGAUUAACAAUAGGGAGUACAUCAAGUCUGUACAGUUGAUGAACAGCAAUAUUACGGUGAUAUUACAUCACGAUAGGAUGAUAGUAACAGGAUCCUCGGACGGGCGCAUUAACUUUUAUGAUUUUAAUCUAAAAAUACUUUAUUGGUGUCGGCACCAAUUUUUGGAUUCUAUACGAUCGAUAAGUUUCGAUCUUUCAUCUGCGUUACUGGCUCCCGCGUUUACACCCAGCGAAUCUAAAUUUGAUGACGAAGAAGAGGAAGAGGAAGAAGAUUUCGAAUAUAAAGAAGAAAUAGAAAAAGACUUGGAAAUUAAAUUAAAAGAUCAUAUUUGCAAGGAAAAAGUUAGAUAUAUCGAAAAGAUAGAAUCGACGAAAUAUUGUGAACAAGUUCCAUCGACAAUGACUGUAUAUUUGGAAGAAACGUUUAGGAAUGAUAAUAAAAAUCAACAAGCAUUUACAAAAUUACCUCCCGCGCCUACCGAUGCUACUAUUCAAAAUGCUCCCUUUUAUACUGAAAAUUUCAUUAUCAGUAAAUACUAUUACCUACAUUUUGUUUUUAAUACUUUUCGUGAAGGUUGUUCGAAUGGAACAGUUGCGUUAAUAGAAAUUCCCACGUUGAAAUGUCGAUUUAUCUUUCAAGAUUCGAACUUUAUCGUCAGCAGUUUGGAUGCACAUCCCCGAAGCAAUUUUAUAGUGACCGGUAACGUGCGAGGUUUCGUCUCUUUGUACGAUUAUGAGAAACGUAAGUGUGUCGUGCGCAGAAAUACUCCACCUCUUCCAGAUUUUCGUCUGCUAUUGGAUGAUCAAGUGAAGAGUGGAACUAUAAUUUAUAUCACAUGUCCAGAGAGACACGAGAAAUUGACCGCUGUUACGGCAUUGAAAUAUUCACCAAUAGGUGAUUUAGUAGCAUGUGGCCUUGAAAAUGGAACGGUUUGGAUGUUGCAUCCCAUCACUUUAGAACCUCUUGAUAAAAAUCCUUACAAACAUUCAACACAAUCGAUAUUGCAGUUCGCUUUCACAGAGUGCGAAGAAUACAUGGCUUAUGCAGAUGACACGUCAGUGGUAGCAGUAUUUAAAAGGAACCGCAAUUCCUCAAGCUCUCAUUUAUGGGAUUUUGUUGGAAAAUAUCGUUCUCACAAUGGAACAAUAAGAGAUAUACUUUUCGGGCCAGCUACUACCGAAAGCGUCGUGUAUCGAUUAUUUUCAAUAGGAGACGACCGGGAUCUAAUUGAAUACGAUCUUAAGAAUAGUGGGCCAUUCCCUUCUCCUGGUUUGAAGAUACUUAACACUUACCAAAUUGAAAAUGAAGCUAUUCCUCUUUGUCUUGCUUGGUAUCCCGAGUUGGGUGCCGAAGGAUUUCUGAUGUAUUCUAAUUCCGAAUACAAAUACAGAUUGCUAAACGAUAUAACGAAAAUAAUCCGAGGAACAUUUUUGGGACCGCUUUAUGAUGCACCGGUUAAAUAUUUCAAAGUAUUAACCGAUAAAGAAUAUAAAACUGGUAAAUACAUGGUAUUUGCAACUAAUAAGGAGAUAGGUCUUCAAAUACUUCCUUUUGAUGGGAAUCCUUACAAGAUUUUAGGAAUGGUAGGACAUCCAUAUAAGAUCACCAACAUCUGCCUUAGCUAUGAUGGAAAUAUUUUAUUCACUUCUGGUUACAACGAUUUCUGCGUAUUGAUGUGGAAAAUAAAACGCAGGUCUGUCGAUGUAUUAGCGCAGUUAGGAGGCGAAGGUCUUGCACCAUAUUAUUGUUUGAUAGAUGGUGGCGAAAAAGGCUGGUUCAUCAAUGAAAUAAAAGAUCUGUUUUAUUAUGCUCAAAUCUUGCAUCAAGGUGAGAACGUAAUAGCUCCCAGAGUAAUAUCUGAUACAGUGAGCACCAAAGAAGUACCAAAUCUCAUGCGCGCCGUUGGAUAUUAUCCUAGCAACGAGGAAAUAGAAAUUCUUAUGGGUGAGAUCUCGUACAGAGAUUACGCGGAGACCGGCCACAUAAUCGAAGAAAUUAAAUUCGAGGAUUUCGUCAAAUUUUAUAUAAACCACCGUCCAGCUUUCGGGAUUUCUCUGCAUCAAAUACAAGAAGCUUUUCAAACCUUUGCAAAUCCAAAUCAAAUCCCUCCUCUGCAAGAAGAGAACCCAGUAUUAACUCGGGAACAAUUUGUGAGAAUAUUGUUUGGAGAAGUUCCUGAUGAAUUUUCAGUGGAAAAUGCUAUACCCUUUGGAGAACCAUUGACGAUCCAAGAGGCAUUUACAUAUACGAAGUUUCUCAUUGGUUUUGACGAGAAUGAAACGUACAAUGAACGUAAUGAAAAGAAACCCAUUGACUUCUCUUUCCUACCAGAGAGGAUAUCUUACAAAGAUUUCGUCGCGGACAUCAUGGGUAUUGAAUUGCCAGAGGAAACGAGGGCUGACGAUAAUUAAUUAACCUGUCAUUAUUUGUAUUUCUGGCACAUUAACGUUGAUUAUUAUUACCAUUACUAAUAUUAUUACCAUUACAAUGUACUGCGAGUUUCUAUUAAACAUGUACAUUAACGCA